UCAUAACCGGGUUUGCUCUAACCUGCUUCCAUCUGCAAUAUUUUUUUUGUGAUCAGAAAUGUUUUUGAUUUAAUUUUGUGUCAUUAAUUUUUCCUUUUUUAAAUUAAAAUAGUGCCAACAUCAGCAUGUAUAUGUCAAAAUAUAUUUGUAGAUCAAUUAUCAAGCAAAUUGGUUCAAGAGGCAUCCAUCUUACUCCAAUCUUUCAGUCUGAAUAUGAUAAACUGUACACUAGACCAGUUGCGAGAUGGACAGCACUGGAUAUGAUUAAAGAGAAAUUUGGACUCUAUCGCUACAAUAGAGCGCGAAUGCAAGAUUCUUCAGUAUACAUGUAUUUAUCUAUAUCAGAUGAUUUACCCGUCUUAAAUUUUUUUAAAUAUUGCGAAUUGCCUGAUACUUACUUUUCUUGGUAUCUCGUCACACAACUUCAUGUUUGGAUGAUUAUGACUCAGUGUAGUGCAGCAGGGUCCGAUGGUAAAUACAUAAAUCAAGAAUUGGUGAAGAGGUUAUGGGAGGACGCUCACGAGAGAAUGAAAAAACUCGGGAGAUUUGACGUCAAAACACAAAAUGAAGUCAUGAAAGAUCUGCAUGGUGUUUUUAUAGCUUCAUUAUUUGGAUAUGAUGAGGGCCUUCUAUCAGAUGACAAAGUUUUAGCAGCUGCCUUAUGGCGACAUUACUUCUCAUUUUCCGAUGUUGAUCCACUUAUUUUAGAAAUGAUGGUGUCAUAUGUUCGAACUCAGUUGAAGCAUAUAUCUGGCCUUAGCAGCGACUAUUUACUGUCUCGAGGACGAAUCGUUUGGAAACCAUUUGAUCCACUUAUACGAAAAGAAGAUUUGCCGAAAUUGAAAGUUGUUCAGAGCUAAUUUAUCCCAAUGGUUUUGUAUUUAUAUUCAACUAGGAUCGUUAUUAAAUAGUCCCAAAUGUUUAAUUAACGUUGCUCACUUUUGUAUGCAAGAAUUGCUCUUGAAUUAGUUUCAUAUUUAUUAGCAAAUUGAUUAUCUAAAUCAAUUAACUCCAAGUUAAUUGUGUAUCAUAAAAUGUAGCUAUAAAUUAGUGAGCCUAUUAUAAGCCUUAAUAGCUCAAAUAGUAAUUGUGUGACUACUUUCAUCAUUGCUUCAUCAAACCUUUCCAAUUAUCUUCACCUUUUCUGGUAAUAAUACCGUUCGUUUUAUCAACAAAUGUUACAAGCAACUUUGAAUAGGAUCCUUUUUGUUGGUAAUUUGAAUGCAAAUGGAAAUAUCAAUCCAAUGUUGUGUCGAAAAUGAUUAUGAAAUGUAUUCUGUUGUUUUUGUGAAGACAUCUUCUGGAGGCACUUUAAGGCAAAUUAAUCAGCCAAUUGUCAACGAACGAACCAAGUAAUGGAAUACUGUUGUUCACAAUUAUUGACUUUAUUUCCAAUGGAGACAACUUUUCAUGUGACAUUAAACCGGAGUUGACAUUGAAUAAGGUUGAAUAUCACUGUUCAUUGGAAGUCGAGUUUCCAUCAAGCUUAUUGGAUUUGAUGUAUCCUGUUUAAAUAAUAAUAAGAGUAAUAUCAAACGCAUUAGAAACAUACAUGACAAUGCAAGUAAACUUUAUCACUCAACUCAAAAUGACAAUUCAAAGGAACAAACUAGGAAUCAGGGAAAACUCGGAAAGAGGACAGAAGCAGAAAAAAACGCAACGGACAACAAUUUUUAUCCAAGAUUUAACGACGAUUGUUUGAACAAUUUUGAUUGACGCCAGUUGACAAAGGAAUAGAGAGAAACAAAGAUUAACAGUGAAAAACUGGUUUCAGGAUGAAAAGAGUCAUCACUUUUGAAAAUAGUCUGAAAGAAACUGGUAAAGUCGAAAAGUCAUCAGCUGAAAUCUUUUAUUCAAUAUUAAAGUUAAAUUGUCAAAUUUA